AAAGUGGGGUGGGGAAUUGAAAAAAAUGUAAAUAUCUACAAGGGUGAGUAUGGAAAGAGAAAAAGGAAAAAAUAAAGGUAUUUGAAGGCUGAGGUAUGGUAGGCUUUAGUACAGGAACUGGAAGCAUUUUAUUUUUUAAUUGAAUAACACUGACCCACAGAAAACAUCAGCUAAGAACCAUUGGAUUGCUUGAUUGUUUUAAUUGAUGUUUUCUGUGACUUGAUGGUACACACUUUAAAAAAAGUUGGCUCAUUCUUGGUUUAGUAUGGUAUAUGUGUUAAGGGGGGAAGAAAGGGGGAAACAGUGUUGCUAUAAUUUGGGGAGUUUGGGUUGAGGAUUUUAGAGUAGAGGUUCUGCUUUUUGAUAGGCAAAACUUUUCCUUUACUCAUCUCUUACAAAUUGAACUUCCAAAGACAGGAAAUGUGAUUGGUUCCUCAAGUUGUUAAUGAGAGCAUCCCAUUCACCUGAAAUACCUACUUUUAAGUACUUUAAGCUUUGGCCCAAGGUAGUUCAAGUGGCUUCUCUUCACUGACUAAGAAGUGGAUAAGAACUAUUCCAACUCAGAAAAAGAUGACGUCAAUAAGUGGCAGUGAAUCAUCAAUGGAAAUUAUUUUGGCUGAAGAUACUCGGGUACUGGUUGCCAAAAUGGGGGGAUUUGCAUAUUUCCUUAAAAGAAUGGAAAGUGAGAUGAUAAAAAUGGCAAAAGCUCACUUCAAUCUAAUCCUGUGGAUGCUUAGAAUCAUUAAGAGGUGCCAAAAGAAGGUAAUUGAGCUCAGAGAUGUGACUGAGAAACUGAAAAAUCUAACAAAAGUCUUUUUUUACAAGAAGUGUGCCAUGCGUAAAGAAAUCGAGAACUGUCAGAGCCAAAUGAAAAUUAAGAUAACAUUGGUCAGGAGAAGUAAAACCCUGGCUCAAGAAGUGGGGGAAUUGGUCAAGAAGGCUGCUAGAGAAGCAGCUUUUAGGAGUUCAUGUACAGCAGCCCAGGGACCAAAGGAUCCUAAAAUAAAAGAAGCCAGUGAAUUGGAGUAUAUUUCUCUGAGUCUGGCGGAAAACUGGUGGACAUUAUUGGAGAAAUGUGUGGAGUUGGCAGAAGCUCGGAUAUUGUCAGCAAAAAAGUCAUUGAAAAUGAUUGAGAAGAGAGAGAAGUGGGAAAAGCUGUUGAAGAGACUCUUCCUUCAGGCUGCUAUGGCAGCCCAACUUGGCAAGCUAUUACAGAAAAGACGAAUUGAGGGGAAAAACAUGGAGAUAGAGAAGAUGGUGUCCGCUUACCGAAAACACCUGAGAGAAAUUAUCUGCUGUAAGACUCUGGAAGAAUGUGACAUCAUGGACUUCCUGCUGACAGAAUUGAAGCAGAUCUCUGAAGAGAUUAUUUCAGGACUCUCUUCCCAAGAAAAAGUGGAAGAUUGACCUCUUCACAAUCCAUCCUGGCCAUAAACAGGCUUUUAGUUGGCCAAAGAUACCUGAAAUAUUUGUAUGGAUGAAGACAAAGGAAGAGAAAUCUCAACAGUGGCAUCUAUUAGCUUCCAAUUACUGUCUUACUGGGAAACUUAAGCAGCAGGAUUUGAUCGAAGAAUCUUCAAAUGAGACAAACCUUUGGGUUCCUCCUUUCACUAUUUUUCAUGAAGAUCUUAAAAUACUAAAAAGCAAUUUAAGAAUUUUUUUUGAGGGGGGGGUAGAAGAAGGGAAGGAGGUAAUGGGUUUUUUCCUUCUAGAAAUAAAAAAAAAAUUAAGCAGCUGA